AUGCCUGCUCUUCAUGACAUAUUGACCCUUUUAAUCACCAUACAAUUCAACCUGUAUGGCAGCUACUCCCUCGCUCCUCAAGGUGGACUCAGGAAGAGCUGCUCAUCUUGCAGUGGGCUUUCAGGGGCCAUGAAAGGCCACAUAAUUGCAGCUCAAGCAGGGGAGGCGAGCACAUCCAUGUUGGGGUUGGGAGAACCCUGCGGGGUUUACACUCAGGCAUGUGACAAGGGUCUUCGUUGCUUGCCCCCAGAUAGCGUUCAAAGCCCCCUCCAGGUACUUCUUCAAGGCAGGGGGAUCUGCAGUAGUGUCAAAGCCAGUACCAAGAGUCCUCCACCGACAGAGUCUCAGCCAUUGAUUAGUGAGAACAGUGAAAAGGGUCCUUGCCGUAAACUGCUGAACACCAUUCUCCAAGGUAUCAAGCCCACAGUUAUCCAAUCCAACCAAGACAUCUACAUCCCCAACUGUGACAGACAAGGCUACUUUAGGAGGAAACAGUGUCGUUCAUCUCGGGGUGUGCAGCGUGGUCAGUGUUGGUGUGUAGAUUUGAAGGGAACCAGAGCUCCAUCACAAACCAGAGAGGAUGGUUUUAUCACCUGCAGCAGUGCUUAA